UUCAGGCUCUUAGGCCUCAACCCUAAUCACCAGCUUCACCCAUUCCCUGAGCCUUCAAAAAAACAAAAUCCGACACAGCAAAACCAUGCAAAAACACAUGAAUUCAUGAAGAAAAUAAUCCAACCAUCACCGGAAAAUACUCGUCAAUUCGCCGGAAAAUUCCCCAUAAAUUCUCUCCCUCUCUCUUAUGUAGAAAUAGAUGCAUAAAGAAUGGUAGGACAAUCAAGAAAAUGGGUGAUAUUGGUGGCGAGUACGUGGAUACAGGCGUUCACAGGAACAAACUUCGAUUUCUCGGCGUAUUCAUCGGAUUUAAAGUCGGUUUUGGGCAUAUCACAGAUGCAGCUGAGCUACCUGUCCGUGGCAUCGGAUAUGGGUAAGGCAUUUGGGUGGUGUUCAGGUGUCUGCCUUAUGUAUUUUCCAUUAUGGGUUGUUAUGUUCAUGGCUGCUUUCAUGGGUCUUUUUGGUUAUGGUCUUCAAUGGCUUGUCAUUCAGAGACUCAUUUCCUUGCCUUAUUGCUUGGUAUUUUUCUUAUGUUUGUUAGCUGGUUGUAGCAUCUGUUGGUUCAACACAGUAUGUUAUGUUCUAUGCAUCAAAAAUUUCUCAGCCAACAGGCCACUAGCCUUGUCCCUCAGCAUCAGUUUCAAUGGUGUAAGUGCAGCACUAUACAACCUCAUUGCCAAUGCCACAAACCCCAACAAUGACACUCAAUACCUUCUUCUCAAUGCCCUUGUCCCUGUCAUCACCUCAGCCACCGCCCUCGUUCCGAUUCUCCGGCAACCCCCUCCUCAGUCCCUUCCGGCUGAGGCGGUGCGUCGAGACUCCCUCACAUUCCUCUUUCUCAAUAGCCUUGCAUGUUUUACUGGCCUAUAUCUCCUCCUACUAAAUUCGAUAUCAUCCAAUGCUUCAGUAGCUCGUACCCUCCUAGCUGGAGCACUCUUUUUGCUAAUUCUUCCAUUGGUUACCCCGGGGAUCGCCUAUGCUCGGGGAUGGGCGGAUCGAACGUUCCACUCGAGCUUCCCAUUGGAAGGCUCGAGUUUCGUUGACAUUGAUGAUCUUGACCUUCAUAAGGAGCUCAUUGGGAGUGAGGAUUCAAGCACUAAUGUUUUGCUUGAAAGCACGUAUAACUCAAAAGACAAAGAUGGGUGUUGUGACACCAUGUGGGAGAAGGAUCGCUUGACAGCGCUUGGGGAGGAACAUCCGGCAACAUUGCUUGUGCGUCGGUCGGACUUCUGGCUGUACUACAUAGCAUACUUCUGUGGGGGAACAAUAGGGUUGGUUUAUAGUAACAAUCUGGGGCAAAUUUCAGAGUCACUUGGAUACAGUUCACAGACUAGCUCCCUUGUUACACUUUACUCUGUGUGUUCUUUCUUUGGUCGUUUGCUCUCAGCUGCUCCAGACUUCCUGAGACACAAGGUAUACUUUGCAAGGACCGGGUGGCUAGCAGUUGCCCUUGUGCCAACACCAACUGCCUUCUUUCUGCUUGCUCUCUCUGGCAGUAAAGCCGCAUUGAGCGCUGCAACAGCGCUGAUUGGACUCAGCUCUGGGUUUGUAUUUUCAGCAGCAGUGUCAAUCACAUCAGAGCUCUUUGGACCGAACAGCGCCAGUGUCAAUCACAACAUUCUGAUAACCAACAUUCCGCUUGGAUCGCUGCUCUAUGGCCUUCUUGCAGCUCUGGUCUAUGAUGCAAACCUAGGAAGCUCAAACACGGUUGUUUUGAUGGAUGGGUCAACGGUGUGUAUGGGCAGAAAAUGCUACUUCGAGACAUUUUUCUUGUGGGGUUGCAUCUCCUUGCUGGGUGUAGCUUCUAGUUCUUCGCUUUACCUGAGAACCCGGGCGGCCUAUGACCGGUUACAUAGAAACAGAAAUCGAAUGCAAUUCUCAUAACCAUUGACAUAGUUUUUUCCAUGUUGAUGGGUACUCAAUUUUGUGCUGAAGAUGAAGUAGGGUUUUAGGAAGCAAAUGAGAAAUGUAUUUCAUAUUUCACACAGUUGCAUCUAAGGCUGACAAAAGAACACAACCAUCAAUCCAACAUGUAAUCGACAUAACGUUACUAUGUAUGAGUCUAGGCCUACUGGGUUUAAGUUGUAAUAAAUGGGUGAAGACGAACCCUCUUAUACACGUGAU